UGGCUGGUUCCCCCAGCGGCCGAGGGCAUGCGCAGUGCGAGAACGCCCCGUGGCACUGACUCCCCGCCGACACUUCCGGCCGCUCCAUUGUGCUUCCGGGUCAGCGCGGGGCGGCGGCGGUUCCUUCCUCCGCCCACUGCCGGGGCCGUCGCAGGAGCCGCAGGAGGGAGGCGGGACCCGCCCGGCGGCCGCUGGGGAGGCACCAGGAUGAAGCUUUACAGCCUAAGUGUCCUUUACAAAGGCGACCCCAAAGUGCACUUGCUGAAAGCUGCCUUCGACUUGUCCUCGUUCAGCUUCUUCCAGAAAACCAGUGUUCAGGAAUUCAUGACCUUCACGAGCCAGCUGAUUGUAGAGCGCUCGGUGGUGUGCAGCCGAGCAUCAGUGAAGGAGCAAGAAUACCUCUGCCAUGUGUACGUGCGGAGUGACCGACUGGCUGGAGUGGUGAUCGCGGACAACGAGUAUCCACCACGCGUGUGUUUCACCUUGCUGGAGAAGGUGCUGGAUGAGUUCUCCACGCAGGUCAGUAGGACAGACUGGCCCUCAGGCUCUCCAUCUACGAUUAACUAUGCAGGCUUGGACAGUUACCUUAGUAAAUAUCAGAAUCCCCGGGAGGCAGAUGCGAUGAUGAAAGUGCAGGCGGAGCUGGACGAGACCAAAAUCAUUCUGCACAACACUAUGGAGUCUCUGCUGGAGCGCGGGGAGAAGCUGGAUGACUUGGUGGCCAAGUCGGAGGUGCUUGGGCUGCAUUCCAAACACUUCUACAAAACUGCCCGAAAGCAGAACUCGUGCUGCGAGAUCAUGUGACCCAGCCAGCUGAGACCGCUGCUCCCGACCGCCUGGCCUUCUCUCACAUUCAGACCUCUAAAGUACAUGGGACGAAAAGAGACGGGCCUGUGGGUGGGGAUCCCCGGUUCCAGGCCGCACCACUGCGGGCGGUGGGGCUGGGACAGGGCUUUCUCGGCACCCCAGGGCCGUCUAGUUAAACAGCUCUUCCUCGGAACGGCCAGCGAGGCUGAAGACAGCGUGACCGUUCUGCCAGCCCUUUCUGGCCCCGAAGGGCUUGUUGCUUUGACCUCUGGCUUGUAAUUGCAGCGCUGAAUUGGCCUGGGGCUCUCACUCCUUAUCUCCAGAGAUCAGACGUGGACUGCAUUCUGGGCACCUUGUUGUUUACAGUCAUAACACUAGAGAGGGACUCCAGUAGCUGAGACCAGCCAGCACCACUUCCCAACGUUGAGGGCUCACUAGCUUAGCCUCCGACUCCUCCUCACCCAGUGACUGAACCCUUGAGCGAGGGGCCCAGUUGCUUUGGGCCUCUGAGGAGCGUUGAGAACGGGCAUCAGUGUUGUGGAGUGAAGCCUUGCUGCUCCCAGGGGUGCUCAGACUGGAGUCUCUGCCAGUCAGGCCUGGAACCUGCCUUGCCACCGGCAGUGAGCAGAGAGAGUCCUGGGUGGGGGGCACCGUUCGGUGUGGAGCAGCAGAAAAUGCUGGCAUUUUGCCUUUCUCCCUGUUCCUUGCCCAGGGGUUGGUGGGUCUCUGCCCUCCAUGGGUCUCUGGGCUGUGUCACGGUUACUGGCCGUCCUCCGGCCUCUCGUCAGCCAGCAUCCCCAUCACUUCGUCCUCACCUGCGGCUCUGGCCCCCGGGGCUGUGCUGUCUCCCACGGUGCACUGGGAGCUGUGCCAAGUGUGUGCCGUGCCAUGGAACGCGAGUCUCGCUGAUCUGCCAGGCCCUGAGCUUCCUGCUGGCUGGUGGAAAAACUAGACCAUGAUGUUCACGUCCCCUCUCCCUAGGGAGAGGGAGGCUGAGCGGAGCCCACCCCUUUGAUCCUUCCAUCCUGUCCGUGGAGCUGAUUUUCUUCCUGCCUUGGGCCUGACUCUUGCUUAUCCUUGCCUUUGCCUAGCACUGAUGUAUUGGGAGUGGGUGGGGGCGAACCAGCAUCCUUGGGUGGGGCUCUGAAAGGGGAGCAGUCACCUGGGGAGGGGCACAAGGGAGACGAGACAGCUACCAGUAACAGCAUGCCAGGCACCAGCUCCCUGCACGGAGGAUGUGCCAGCGCCACCUCUAGUGGGCGGUUGAGCACCUGGCUCGGUCUGCACAUGGGAGAGCGGCAGCGAGUGCCGAUCCUCGGGGCAGUUCUGCUGUGCAGUGGGAGGUGACUCGAGUGUGCGUGCCAUGGGACACUGCUCGCAGGGUGUGGAUGCCAUCCCUGGGGCAGCGAGAGCUCACUUGCCUCUGCAGACCUGGCUUAAAAUCUCUGCUUCAGUCACCUGUGGUCUGUCCCCUGACCUGGUGUCAUGAGCUGCACAUCUAGUCCGGGGUUCAAAGCCACUGAACCACGUGCUAAAGCCAUGGCUUGGUAAUGCUCUGGGGGUGGGUGCUGCUGGCAGAUCCUCAGCUGCACCCUGCUGCUGCUCUCUGUGCAACCAGGGAGGGAGCCAGCCCCAGGGAUGGCAGAGCCACCCUCUCCAUGGGGGUGAUUUCCUCCCCACUGGGCCUGUACUGCCUGGCUCUCUGAGCUCCCUCCUGCCCCUUCCUUCCCAGGCUGGGCUCAAGGGGUGUGAGCUCGGAAGGUGGGCUUGGGCCUGAGAACGGGCUGGAGUGAGCCCAGCCCUGGGGGAAGGAAGGAAGGAAGAAGCCCCAGCUCCCAGCCAUGGCCCUGGUCGCUGUGAUGUUUGGUGGCCAUGUUGGCUCUACACUCCAUGCCCCCCUCCUACAGUUUCCAAUGGAAAAGCUCUGGCUAGCGGCCGUGGAGACUGUAACGGUUGCCUGACUUCUCUGUACGUGACGUUGGCUGGCCUGAACCUGUCUGGAUAAAGUUGUCUUCUCGCCGUU